CAGACAGCUCUUCUCUUGCUGUGUUCAUUCUUUUGACAAAAUGUUCUUCUCGCAGAUCCUGGCUCUCGCCUUGGCCACUGGGGCCCUGGCCGACAACCUGCUCUCGUUCAACACGGCACCAGUCAUUGAGGACCGUUCCAUCGAUGAGAUCUACAAGGCCGCGCUCGCCGAGGGCGGCACCGUCACCGUCUGGGCCGGUGGUGACGAGAAGAACCAGCAGAACUCCCUGAAGACGGCUUUCGAGGCCGCUUUCCCCGGCAUGACCCUGAACAUCACCGUCGACGUCUCCAAGUACCACGACGGCAAGAUUGACCAGCAGCUGGACUCGGGCAACGUCUACGUCGAUGCCACUUUCCUCCAGACCCUCCACGACUUCCCCCGUUGGUCGUCGCAGGGCGAUCUUCUCAACUAUGCCCCCGUGGGCUUCGACCAGAUCCACCCAGCCUUCCGGUCGACCGAUGCUUCGUGGUACGGCCUGUUCUUUAUCCAGUGGGGAAUCAACUACAACAGCGCCAAGCUGCCCGGCAUCACCAUCAACGAGUACCCUGACUUCCUCCAGGAGGGCCUGAAGGACAAGCUGGUCCUCACAUACCCCAACGACGACGACGCGGUGCUGUACCAGUUCUACCUGAUCCUGUCACAGUACGGCGAGGCCUGGUUCGACAAGCUCCUGGAGCAGAACCCCCGAUGGGUCCGCGGCACCGCCACGCCCAGCACCAUCCUGAACACCAAGAACGCCACCGAGGCCGCGACCUUCACCUCGUACGCCUCGCCCUACAAGCCCAGCAACACGAGCACGACCGUGGUCGCGUUCCCGGAGGAGGGCCAGUUCGUGUCCUGGGCGCAGACGGGCGCCAUCCUCAAGGGCGCGCCCCACCCCGAGUCGGCCAAGCUUCUCUUCAACUGGAUCCUGUCGCCCGAGCACCAGGCCACCGGCUGGAGCGUGCGCCAGGACGUCGCCGUCCCGGACACCAUCCCCUACCCUGACCUCUGGCACAUGAACGGCACCAACCCCAGGACCUUUUUCGACUUCAUGAUGGACCGCCCCAGGGUCGAGAGGCUCAAGCUGUACUUUGAGGACAAGAUUGGCACUGCCCAGGGCCUGAGCCCCCUCAUUGACGACCUGUAG